AUGUCGACUGAAACGAUCCUCAGCUCUCCUUUACUGAGACUACCAGGGGAAAUCCAGACGCGAAUCUUCUCAUAUCUCGAGCCCAAAGGGAUUCAAAAUAUUCUCCUCACUUGUCAGCAACUCUACCAAGUCGGCCUCCCGCUCUCCGUUCAUACGUUCCGCAACUACAAGUACUUGGACGAUGGUGUCUAUGACAAUGACGAGAACCUCACCGUCCGAACCCGCAGCCUCAAGUUUCUUCACUAUAUAACCAUUGCAAAGCCGGAUCUCGCCAGGCAUGUCAAGGAAUUGCUCUUCGGGCAUUAUCCUGCGUGGCACGACGUGGAGGUUGAUGCUUUGGCCAAGCCAGGACCAAGCGAAAUGGGCGUCUAUCGCAGACUGGUCGAAGAAGCCUUUGCGCAUGAAUCUCAUCAAAAGUAUGAGAGGUACUGCAUAAACUUGAUUGAAGACUUGGAAAGGGGCGUCCCAGACGCAGUGAGUGCGCUCAUCUUGAUUGUGUGCUCACGGGUUGAGCUUCUUUGCUACGUCGAGUCAUACCAGCCGCGCCAUUUGGAACGAGUCCUGCAGCUCGCAGGCCGCAACUCCCAGCCAUCUCCUGCCGGUGGGCAAGAGAACAGGAAGCGUCCGCUUGCAAACCUUGAACAAGUGUACCAUGAGUCGCAAGACACAAAAUAUGGAUAUCUUGUCUGGCAUCGCCACGCUGCUUUGCUGUUUCAGCUCCCGAACCUGUCUACUUAUGAGAUUCUCAUGGCUAAUGGCAGCGAGGAGGGAGGACCAUUCUUCGAUGCAUUACCGCCAGGGUCUUCAGCAGUAGAGCACAUCUUUCUACGCAGAAGCGCGAUAUCCCAGGUUCUCAUCCGCCAUCUUUUAUCUCCCGUCAAACAUCUCCGUUCAUUUGAAUUCACGAGGGGUGUAUACCAUAUGUACGACAACGAGAUGAUGCCGCGCGACCUGAUGGAGGCUAUUUUGCCACACGCCGAAACGCUCGAAUAUCUCCAUGUCAACUGGGAGGAUGACUGGUACAAAAAUGGCUGGGCUGAGCAGCCAGAGAGGUUGUUCAUGGGAGUCGAACUUGGAGCCAUGACGGCUUUGAAAACACUGGUGACUGGAAUGCAGGCACUUACGGGGCUGCUUGAUGCGCAGCCAGAGGAUGUCUUUGGCCCGGACCUUCCCCUCGACGUUGAAGGUGCACCAAGGCUGGUGAAUUGUUUGCCUGAGAAUCUGGAAGACCUUGUGAUCCAUGGUUGCGGCAAGGCGAUCUUGGACCAAGCACAGGAAUUUCUCGACGUUGUUUCCCUUGGUGAGCGCUACAAAAGUCUCAGGCGGGUUCGGUUUGCGUUCAACCAGGAGAACAUCGACCCUCAUUUAGUCCAAUUCACUCAUGACUCAUCCUCGGUGAAGCUCGAGGUUGUGUUCCAAACCAAGGAGAAUCGCAUCUUUGACUUGAUAACUCACCUUGUAAAAGGGAGCAUAGUCCUACCUCACAUCUGUUCGCCGCUUUGGGGGCCCAAGUUUAGGGAGCAAUGGCUCGCUAUUCGAGGCAUGGAUGUGGCCAGCGCGACAGUGAAUCAAGGCGUCCAUGAAUUGCCAGGCAUAGAUUUUGAUUUUGAUGCAGAACCCUCAGAGGAUUAA